AGCAGAAGACUCAGAUGGUGGACAUCUCAUCUCAUUCAGACACAAUCAAAGCGUUAGAGCAGGAGCUGAGAGCUGAUGACAUCACAUUCCUGCAGAACUGCAAGAGUAUAGAGAAAAGAGCCCAGUGCACACUGCAGGAUCCAGAGAGGGUUUCAGGAGCUCUGAUCGAUGUGGCAAAGCACCUGGGCAACCUGAAGUUCAGAGUCUGGGAGAAGAUGAAGGAGAUUGCUCAAUACACUCCUGUGACUCUGGAUCCAAACACGGCACACCGACAUCUCAUCCUGUCUGAGGAUCUGACCAGUGUGAGACCUGGUUACCCUCGGGAUUCUCCUCCUGAUAACCCAGAGAGAUGUAAUAGGCAUCCCAGUGUCCUGGGCUCUGAAGGCUUUAACUCAGGGAUUCACUGCUGGGAUGUGGAGGUUGGGGAAACCACGAUCUGGGAGGUGGGCUUGAUGACAGAGUCUUUGCAGAGGAAGGCAGAACAUGAUGGUGACAGUGGACUGUGGUAUGUGUGCCAUAACAGUCUUUUAAGCUCAUAUAUAGCACGUUCUCUUCACUGUAAAAAAUGGCUGUGA